AGGAUCGUGAAAAACGUCAUGGCGACCAGUGCCCUUCGUUUGACGUACAAGCGAGCGGAUGUUUUUCGUUCUUUCUUGAAAGCAGGAAUUCAGCGAAAUUUAUCAAGUUCACCCAUUCGUCCGUCGCCGGAAAAUCCUGUAGUUGCUGUGGUGUUAUCAGGGAGCGGUGUUUUUGAUGGUUCAGAAAUACACGAGGCAUCUGCUUGUCUCGUGCAUUUGACGCGUGGCGGUGCGAAACCACUCCUGUUCGCCCCUGAUUUGAAGCAAAUGCAUGUAAUAAAUCAUGCUAAGGGCUUACCAGCGGAGAAUGAAACCCGGAAUGUUCUUGCGGAAUCCGCCCGGAUUGCGCGAGGAAAAAUUGAAUCGUUGUCAUUGCUUUCUGUUGACAGUGUGGACGCGCUGGUUUUUCCAGGUGGCUUUGGCGUGGCAAAAAACCUGUCCAACUUUGCCACGGAAGGUGUCAAUUGUCAAGUUAUCGCAGAAGUAGAGAAGGUGAUCAAAGAAAGUCAUGCCAAAGGGAAACCCAUGGCUUUUUGUUGUAUUGCUCCUGUACUCGCAGCUCGUGUCUUGAAGAAGUGUGAGAUUACCUUAGGGUUACCAGGUGAUUUUUCGUCAUAUGAUGCUGUUAACGAAGAAUCUGGAAUGCAUGGCUUUUGCGUUUUACAUACUGGGUCCGGCGAAUGGCCUCAUUGUGGGGCGAUUGAGGCAGUGAAGUCAUGGGGUGUUACUCAUGAUGUUCAUGGAGUGUGCGUGGAUCAGCGCCAGAAGAUAGUUACCACACCCGCGUUCAUGUUCGAUACGCAGCAAUUUCAUGUGGUUUACGAUGGUAUCGGUAACAUGAUCCGGGAGCUGCUGAAAUUAGUUUAGGGAGACCAUAUGUUCAGUUUGACGCUACGGUCCUUGUCUACAGCUUUUCUUCUUGUGACGUAUGUAUACUGUACAUAAAUUUAUCAAAUCCUGGAAAAUUGUACUGGUCUUUCGAAUAUCCUAUCCACAUUUGAGCGAUUUUGGCUGUUAUUCAUUGCUUCUACGGAUUUUUUGAUUCUUGACACGAUUUUGCUUCCAAUUUGUGAUUCUGUGAACAGCUUUUUUGCUCGCUGUAUUUUUUGGUUUCGAGUGACGAAAUUCAUGCGUGAAUUUUUCUAUUUCAAAAGUUCGCGUUUGUAGCGUUGUUUCAACGAGCAUCGUGGCAAACAUCGAUAUAUGCACUGAGUAGAAAAUUUUGAUGGGUCACAGCUUUGACAGAUUAUGUUCAGAUCAAUCGCUGCGAUUUUUUAAGUAAUGUGCGCGUCUUUUCAUACAGGAGACGGUGGGAUUUAUGGAGUUCCAUAAGUUUGUCGCGUGUGUUCUCACAUUCGCGAUAGUUGCAAAUGUUUUCUUUAGUAUUGAUGCUUCUGGCGACGUCAGCUUGAAUGGAACUUCUUUGGUGUCGACAGCACCGAAUUUUACAUCAAUACUUCCUCUGUCUCAGAGCUCGGUCGCCUCGAAUGUGACUGCAGUUCCCGCUGUCAGCUCGACAACCGCGUCAAUAGUAUCCAGUGCCAGCCCUAAAGAUGUGGGUUUACCUGCGAAAGGAGCUGCGGAAGAGGAAAGACAUUCCUCGAUGGCCAUAUUCUUUGUGCUGUGCGUUGUUGGUCUGUGCAUUCUGUUGAUCCAUUUUAUGCUACAAACAAAAUUCCAGUACUUGCCGGAAAGUGUGGUGAUCGUUUUUCUGGGAGCGUCAGUGGGCUUGGUCAUGAAAAUCUUGUCCAAUAAUCAUGCUGGAAGUUGGCAGGAAGAGGAAUCGUUUAAGCCGAAUGUGUUUUUCUUGGUACUUCUACCGCCGAUCAUCUUUGAAUCUGGGUAUAACUUGCAUAAGGGAAACUUUUUUCAAAAUAUUGGCUCAAUACUGAUUUUCGCCUGCGUGGGAACAACUAUUUCAGCGCUCGUCAUUGGCUGUGGAUUGUAUCUCGUCGGACUUGCGAAUAUCAGCUAUCAGCUGGAAUUCACGAGUAGUCUAGCUUUUGGCUCCCUAAUUUCUGCGGUAGAUCCAGUUGCUACUUUGGCAAUUUUUCAUGCUUUGGAUGUGGACCCUGUCCUCAACAUGUUGGUAUUCGGUGAAAGCAUAUUGAAUGACGCCGUAGCUAUUGUCUUGACCAACACGGUUCUGGAUGUGAGAUCCCCGCUUUUGGCCAACAGCCCUGUAUCGGAAGUCGUGUGGUACGGUUUCAAGCGGUUUUGCAGCAUGUUCUUCGGAUCCGCUGCCAUUGGCGUGGCGUUCGCCCUGGUGUCAUCUCUGAUAUCCUUUUCAUUACUGUACUAUAGUUUCAUAAUUUACGCAGGAUUAAACGGAAGUUUGCAGUCGUUCUCCGUGUGUUGGCAUAUUGUUUGCUUAAUAUUAUGGGAAAAAUCACCUCACACUCGUCAAGCGUUUUUUUUUUUUUUUUUUUUUUCCCUGAAGAUAAUUAUUCAUCGUGAAGAUGAACUCUCAGUACAACAAAAUUGAAUAAGGAACUAAAGGAAAUUUGUUGUAAAGAAACCCUGUGUAACAUGGGGAGAGAACCGUCAGACGAAUUUCGUUGUUCUGAGAAAAAUUUUGUAGACAAGAUCGUUGUAGAGAGAGUCUAUCUGUAUUUUUUACGCUUUUCACUGCACUCUUGGAUGAUCGAAGAGAAAAUUAGAAGUACUGACAUCAGUUCAAAAUUCGCUGCAGUCGCUUGCAAAUAUGCGACCGCGAGCUUUUGACGUAUCCCUUGUAAAUUUGAUGAACCUGUUUAAAUCUGCGCAGCGAUUUCUCCUUGAUGGAUUUUGUUUCACUUGUUGAAGCAUGUUGACUUGAAAGCUCAUCCUUCUUUGGAGUUGGCGAUGAUGCUUCUCUUUUGUUACGCGCCAUACGGACUUGCGGAGGGCGUGCACUUGUCAGGCAUUAUGGCGAUUCUAUUCUGUGGAGUCGUGAUGUCCCAUUAUACCCACUUCAACUUGUCACCUGUGACGCAAAUUUCAAUGCAGUUGUUGCUGAGAACAAUUGCUUUCAUUGCUGAAACCUGUGUAUUUGCGUAUCUUGGGUUGGCCAUCUUUAGCUUUGAUCACGACGUUAAACCUGGUUUUGUGGUGUGGAGUUUAAUUUUGACCUUGCUCGGACGGGCAUGCAACGUUUUUCCGCUUGCCUUUAUGCUCAACAAAUUUCGGGACCACAAAAUCACACCCAAAAUGAUGUUUGUAAUGUGGUUCAGUGGUUUGCGUGGAGCUAUUGCGUAUGCUUUGGCGUUGCAUUUGGAGAUCGAUGCAGGAACUAAACGUGUCUUAGUCAGCACCACCUUGAUCAUCAUACUCUUCACCAUCCUGUUUCUUGGUGGCGGGACCAUGCCCCUAUUGAAGUUCUUGGAAUCGGGAAAAACUGAAAAGAAGCGACGGCGACGACGGAGGACAACUGGUACAGCUAAAGAGGGUGGAGUUUCUUUGUCGAAGACGAGAGAAAUUGGCCAUGCUUUGGACUCAGAAUACUUCUCCGAGUACACUGAGGAUGACCAACGUGGUGAUUCUCGACGUGCAUCCGAUGUCCCCGUAACGCGCUUACCCGCAUUUCUAAAACUUGACAAGGAAUUCCUGAUGCCGUUUUUUACUAGACACUAUACAAAACAGGAAUUGAAAGAGUGCAGAUCACAGAUGGUGCAAUUAACUGACAAAUGGUACCAGGCGGUGAGAACUUCUCCGUGUCUGGAAAGUGAAGACGAGGAAGAAAUUCUUGAUUUGACGGCAAAUGAUCAGACGGAACGUAACCCGUCAACUUCAGAUUUGCCGUAAUCGUGCAAUUUUCACCGCCGCGGUUGUGAUGAGUUUAAAUGACAAAGAUAUUAUUUUGCAUUGUGCUGUGAUCGCGUCACGCGUUGAUCCGUCAGUCGUGAUCGUUUCUAAAAUUCGUCAUGGGCAAGAAUUAUUCGAUCGCUUAUGGUGGAGUUUUACUACGUCAUAAUUAAUCAAGUUAAUGAUUUUGAUUCCGCAUUCCGACCGAAGAGUUGUUGUGAUUAGAAUUGAAUGCGUUGAAGGUGGCAAUGCAAGGGCAAUGAGUUUUA